UUGUUUUGCUUGUUCGGUUGGAAAAAGUGCGGGAUUAAAAAAAGCGGCGCAGUUUCGCUGCCAUCAAUACCUGAUUUCACAGCGUACGUGUGAAAUUGUGCUCAAUCAUAUUUAAUAAAAAAAAAGUCUGUCGCAAUUUCGCCAAUAAACUAACACAUUCAAGCACAAUAUGAAUCUGUACACAGCAACAACAAUUGUUGCGCUCUUGCUGGCCGUCACGGCAAUAGCAGCUGGCCAGGAACAGGAGGACACGGAGCAGACCACCGAGCAGCAGGAACCGGUCAGCGAGCCAACCGUUAAAUUAGUGCAUGUCCUCAAUCCUGGAGAGCGCGAAUAUCUCUCACCCAACCUGAUUGGCGUGCAGAACAUAGCGAUGACCUUCUUGCCGCUUUCGAUGAACUUUGUGAACGUGAUCGAUGCCCAUCGAGAGAUCGUUAAUGGUGUGCGCUAUGAGAUCGUGCUGAAUGCCAUCGAUACGAAGGCCAAGGAUGCAGAUAUCAUAUGCCGUCUGGUAAUACUCGAGAAGCCCUGGCUAACCACACAAUGGGGCGACAAAUUUCGUGAGCUGGUCAACUCGAAUUGCACAGAUGAGGCCGACAAUCAACUGACCAGCGACAUCGAGGACCAAAGCAAGGACAAAUACACUCCCCGUAGUCGUCGCAGCCUAAACGAUGUGCCUCUGGGUGGCAUCAAGCCCUUUAGCGAGAAGCAGGCUGAAGAACAACUUCAACGCACUCUGGACAAACUAACAGCCGGCGAGGGUCCCCAUUAUAGAAUCGCAAAAGUCUACUCAGCGUCGCGCCAAGUGGUGUCUGGCACCCUCACACGCAUUGAUGCCGAUCUUGUGGAUUCGAAUGAGGACCAGCAUCGCUGCAUUGUGGAGAUCUGGGCGCAGCCAUGGUUGGCUCAGGGUCACGAUAUCACCUUCAAGUGUCGCAAUCAGCCGGUGGUACGUGCUCGCCACAGCCGUUCCGUAGAGUGGGCGGAGAAGAAGUCGCACAAGAAGCAUAACCAUCAUGCGUUGGAUAAGGUUGAUCAUCUGUUCCACAAAUUCCAAAUCAAAUAUGGACGUCGUUAUGCCAACACCAUGGAGCGCCAAAUGCGUAUGCGCAUCUUCCGCCAGAAUCUGAAGACGAUCGCAGAGCUGAAUGAGAACGAAAUGGGAAGUGCCAAGUAUGGUAUUACGGAGUUUGCAGACAUGACCAGCACGGAGUACAAGCAGCGCACAGGUUUGUGGCAGCGUGAUGAGGGCAAAGCUACUGGAGGUGCACCGGCGGUGGUAGCAGACUAUCCGGGUGAAGUGCCCAAGGAGUUUGAUUGGCGUCAAAAGAAUGCUGUUACCCAGGUGAAGAAUCAGGGUCAGUGCGGCUCGUGCUGGGCCUUCAGUGUGACGGGCAACAUCGAAGGUCUCUACUCGCUUAAGACCGGGGAUCUGCAGGAAUUCUCCGAGCAGGAGCUGCUCGAUUGCGAUUCCGUGGACAGCGCUUGCAAUGGCGGCCUACCGGACAAUGCAUACAAAGCCAUCAAGGACAUUGGCGGUUUGGAGUACGAGUCCGAGUACCCCUAUUUGGCCAAGAAGAAACAAUGUCACUUUAAUAAGACGCUUGCCCAUGUAAAGGUCUCCGGCUUUGUGGACUUACCGCACGGCAAUGAGACAGCCAUGCAGCAUUGGUUGUUAAACAAUGGACCCAUUUCCAUUGGCAUUAAUGCGAAUGCGAUGCAAUUCUAUCGCGGUGGCGUCUCCCAUCCCUGGAAGGUCUUGUGCCAGAAAUCAAAUCUCGAUCAUGGAGUUCUAGUUGUCGGCUAUGGCGUCUCGGACUAUCCAAAUUUCCACAAGACUCUGCCCUACUGGAUCGUUAAGAACUCUUGGGGUCCCCGCUGGGGCGAGCAGGGCUACUAUCGCGUCUAUCGUGGUGAUAAUACGUGCGGCGUCAGCGAAAUGGCCACUUCGGCCGUCCUGGCCUAGAUAAACCAAGAACAACGAUCCACCUACAUAUAUCUGUAGAUCGGUUUAGGUUAACAUCGAGCUAUACAAAAAUUUCUGAUUUGCAUUUUGAGAUACAUUUCUUUUUCAUACUCCUCACUCCCAAAACCCUGGAACUUUUGUUCUGAUUAGCCUUCAUAUAAGUAGGUACCAUAUAUAGUAUAUACAUUAUAACCUUCUGACAGACAACUCUUGUAACCCCCGGCAGCAUCAUAUACACAUACGUAACGAGAAGCAUAUAAAUAUAUAUAUAUAUUGAAAUAAAUUUAAAUUAAACGUU